UCGAGGUUGUCUUCAGCAGACAUCGCCGUAGAAGCCUGCCGUUAGAUUGUGCGCCGUUAUUAGAUGUUGGUGUGUCUUGUCAUUAUAUAGCGAUUAAAAUGAGUGCUUCACUUCUGAGAAACCUUAAUGCGAAUGAAGUUAUUAUGAGGAUAGAAAAUGAAGAUUCAGAUGACAUGCUUGAAACCCAAAGUGUGUCAGAUUCAGACCCAGACCUUGUUUUUAUUCAAGAGUUUGAUGAGGAUGAAGAAAAUUGGCAAGGUGUUAAAUCUAAAAAAUUAUCCAACUACGCUCAACGCAGUUCCACAGUGACGUUGGGUAAAAGGAAACGCGUAAAACGGGCGCGCCCCUUUGGAUGGAAAAAUAAUAUUUGCAAAAGGAAUCGUCUAGCUGGAUUAAAUUACAAAAGCCGAAAAGAAAAGGAAAGCAAAAUAUAGCAAGAAAAAUGGGGAUGCCGUGCAAAUCCACGUAUUGUCGAAAAUCCAGCUUACGGCAAUGUGCGAGUUUGACAGAAGAUGAUAGACAGCGGGUUUUCAAAAAUUUUUGGAAAAUGGAAUCGUGGUCUGAAAGAAGAUCAUAUGUCAGGGCUUCAGUAUCGAAGGUUACCACCAAGCAAAGGAAAAUUGCUGAAAAUAUGUCAAGAAGAAAGUCAUCUUUUGAAUACCAUUUACAAUCACAAAAUGGAACAUGCAUUCUGGUGUGCAAAAAACUCUUUUCGGCUACAAUUGGCAUUAGCCAA